AGUUUUCUUACUCAUCCACGCAUUCGUAGUUCCUGUUGCUUUUGAGUGUAGAUAAGAAGACGCUGCAGCAUAAACAGCCGCGUCAAAAUUCGAAUAAGAGUUGGAGGAGUUAAUUGUAAGGGCGGAUUUAUUGUUUGUGCUAGCAAUUGCAGCAAGAGAUUUCGCAGCAUGGUUCGUUGCCGUUGCCGUCGGCCUGCCGUACCCAACAGUGGCUCCGGCACUUGGUUGGGCAGAGCCAAAGCCUGCAAUUUGUCCAGCUCCGAAUGUUGAAUAUUGGCUCGGGGCAACGCCAGCGGCAGCAGCAUAUGCUGCAUCAGCAGACAAACGACUCACUUGAGUGGCUUGCACUUGUGCCUGAGCAGCUUGUGCGGCAUACAUUGAGGCCGCAUUCGUAGAUUGGUUCCCAUAUCCGUAAGAAGCCGCAACAGAGUUAUAGGUAGCGUAUGGAUUGGUUGUUGACGACCCGAACACGCUGCUUGA